AAAAAAACGGAAUCUUCAAUUUGGUGAAACGUCUGCAGCACAUGUGAAGCCAUGUUUCUUCAAAUCCAAAACGUUUCAAUUGAAACAAUUGAGGGUGAAAAACAUUUCACCGGACAGAAGAAUGGCGCUUCUGCUCAUCUUCAACCGUACCUCAAACCCUAGGAUGGAUAAAAAUCGUCUGUUGUGCUAAUCGUCUGUUGUGCUAAUCGUCUGUUGUUCCAUGUUUUAUCCAGGAUUUACAGCUGAUUUCAGGCCUGCGAGUCCUCGUUCUCAAGGAUCUCUGUCUCUCACAACGAUACCCUUACUGAUGAUCUCGUCUUCUCUGUGAGGAUCUUCUCCAACGAUUCUCGACUUCUUGUGAGGAUAUUCUCCAUCGAAUCGAACAUCAUCUUUAACUACUUCUUCGGCUCCCAUGGCUAGAAAUAGUACCUAUUCUAUGAGAUGGUCACAAACUGAGACCAAUAGUUUCAUUGAACUGAUGAAAGAAAAUGUGAAAAAUGGCCACAAGACUGCCACUACAUUCGACAAAAUGGGAUGGGAUGACAUAAAAUCCCGUUUUGAGAAAACUAUUGGAGGUCCCAUUGGGAAAGAACAAUUGCGUAACAAAAUGAACAAGUUGCGAACAGAAUAUCAACAAUUCAAGAAGCUACUUGACACUACUGGUUUUGGGUGGAACAAAGUUCUAAAGACAAUCACAGUUGAUGAUGAGUCAGUUUGGGACAAGGCAAUACAGGAAAAUCCAACAUGGUCUAAAUUCAAGAAGCAUGGAUUAUACUAUUGGCCAGAUUUGAUUAUAAUAUUUGGAGACGCAUAUGCACAAGGGAAAUUGGGAACCAACAACGAUGAUGAUAUUGAUGACACUCAAGAGGGAAAUGAAGCUAAUAUUGAAAUUGACACAAAUACUCCUAGUACCCCAAUGAUUUUAGGCUUGAAUGACAUUGAGGACUUUCAGGAACACACAAACCGUAGCUCAACAAAGCGAAGGAUUGAUAGAACAUCAACAACCCGAAGAAAAAGGAGCAUGACUGGAGAUGUUUCUAAUACAAUGGACUUAUAUGAGAAAUACUUAUCUAUGAAAAUUGAGAAGGCGGUCAGUACUUCUGUUACAUCUCUAAUUCGAGGUGGUGAAGCUUCAUCUCGUAAUCGUGAUUUCAGUGCGAGUGCUUGUCAAGAUAUACUGUCCUCUAUGACGGAUCUAACAAAGGAGAAGUAUUUAAAGGCUGUCGAUCGUAUAUGUGUUGAUCCAGUUUGGAGGGAGAUCUUUAUUACAGCGAAUGACAUUCAAAGGGUUUGGCUUUUAGAUGGCUUGAACUUUCCUUGUUCCUUACAUGUAUGAUAUUUUUAAACCUGUUUGUUGAAGUGGGAGACGGUAUUGAAAUUUUAUUUGUCAUUAAUUUUGGUGGCCAUGGGUGAUAAUAGUGGCAAACAUAUGUUCAAUUUAUGCAAGUUUGGUAAUUAAUGGCCUUUUUGUGAUAA